AAGAUCACCCUGUCUUUCGGCCUUUCGCAGACGGACGCCAGCUUCGCCGCCGUGGUUUGGUGUGUAGCUGUGGACGGUCCGCCUUGACCGGGCGGACGGUAAUAUACAAGACAUUAUCAACUGGAUCGAAGGUGCACAAAUCCCCAGGGACGGGCGGACUCCUUUGCUGACGCGGGCCGCGCAGGAUCGCGCACACCUUGGAUAGCGAGAGGGCUACUUGUAUAUUCGAGGAGGAGCAAUAUUGAUACAUGGCGCUAUUCGCUUUUGAAGAGGACGGAACUCAGCCUCAGCCGGCUCAAAAAGAACAAGAUGAUUUGGAUGCCGUCUGCGUGGACAGGACGGACUCUAUGCAAGUAUGUCCGCCAGAUGGUCUCACCAAGAACGCCUCUGGGGCAGACCCCGUGCCCUUCACACCCGGCCCCAAGCGAAUCGAAGAGACACGCGCACGUAUGCUCCCCGACAACUUGGAUUUCGAUCGGGUUGCGAAGAAUGCACAAAAGAAGAAAAAGAAGAAGAGGAACGCCAUGAAGCAAGUCCCAGCUCCGGCAGUGAAUACUGUACGCGGCUUUCAGACCCCUGUGACUUCGGCCGGCGAGGAAUCCGACAUGUCCGCUGCAAAUACACCCCGCUUUGGACCAGUCUCCGGAUUCGCCAGUGUUACUAGUAGCCCUGCUCUGAGACCCACGUCCGGAGCAGGCGGGUAUGGUAUCCUUAAACAGCAGUUGGAAGCUCUUAGCAUCGGUGGCCGGAUCGACUCUCCUACCAAGCCGCUGCCUGUUGGCCUAUUCAAGUCCGGCCUUGUCUCCAGCAAUGCGAGUACAUCAGGACUGGAGAGUGACAGCGACAAAACAGAGAUGGAGAGCUACCAAGUCAAUCUGGAGGCCGACUUUAUUAGUAGUGAAGUCCCUUCGAAGACAUCGACCCUGACGUCGAAUACCCUUGAGCGAACCGAGUCGUACGUGCGCAAGAUGAGCGCCGAAGACUUCACACCUCUGACAUGCCUUGGAAAGGGAAGCUAUGGCACUGUAUUUCUCGUCAAGCAGCGCGGUACUGGCCGUCUCUACGCGCAGAAGCAGCUCCGCAAGGCGUCUCUGACCGUUCACAAGAAGCUCGUCGAGCAGACCAAGACUGAGCGUGCCAUCCUGGAGAGUGUCAAUCGACACCCCUUUGUCGUUAAGCUAUACUAUGCGUUCCAGGACCACGAGAAGCUGUACCUCAUCCUGGAAUAUGCGCAAGGCGGAGAGCUCUUCCAUCAUCUGGCUACCGAGCGCAUGUUCUCCGAGGAAGUUGCCGCCUUCUACAUGGCCGAGAUGGUUUUGGCUCUGGAUCACCUCCAUCGAAACGUGGGUGUCGUCUACAGGGACUUGAAGCCCGAAAACUGCCUUCUGGAUGCCGAGGGCCAUCUUCUCUUGACCGACUUCGGACUGAGCAAAGUCGCCGUGGACGAGGACGAUAAAUGCCACUCGUUCCUCGGCACAGCCGAAUACAUGGCUCCUGAAGUCAUCCAGGGCGCAGAAUACGGCAUGGCCGUCGACUGGUGGUCCCUAGGAGCUCUAGGCGUCGACCUUCUCACAGGCUCCCCUCCUUUCACGGGAAACAACAAUGCGAAGAUCCAGGAGAAAAUCCUCAAGCAGAAACUCGUCCUGCCCUACUACCUAGGCCCCGACGCUAAAGAUCUUCUCACUCGCUUGCUCCGCAAGGACCCCAAAAAACGCCUCGGUGCCAAUAUGCCCAAGGAUCUGCAGACGAUAAAGUCACACCGCUUCUUCAGGAAGAUUGACUGGAAGAAGUUGGAGCUGAGGGAGUUGCAGCCCCCCAUCCAACCGCUCGUCACGGAUCCGGAGUUGGCGGAGAACUUUUCCUCGGAUUUCACGGACUUGCCGCUUAGUCCUGUGGUUUCGAGGAGGGAGUUGCAUUUUGACGAGGGAGGACCUGAUGGGUCGGAUCCGUUUGGCGGGUUCAGCUUUGUGGCGAGCCAUAGCUUGAUUGAGGGUGGAGAGUGGGGAUAUAUGACCUGAUGGGAGUGGGGCACGGGUAGAGAGGACGGAUGGUUGGAAAUGGGAAUGGAGAUGGAGGCGGUUGUCUGUCUUUUGCUGUGCCUUUCCUGGUUGUGCGAUCUCAUUUGGGCAGAAGGGUUUUAUUCCUUUGGAGGGACGUAGUGUUAGCAGGGCGCUGGUCGCGGUAUUGCUCUGCUAUUCCUGCUCCUUUUGGUUGAUGGAUGCUGCUUGCUUAGUGAGCGGAUGCUGAAUAUGUCCAACGGUUUGCUGGGCGGCCCGCAAGUUCCCUUAGACAUUCUUUCCUACUUAUUGAGAAUGCGAGUUUUUUGAUCAUCUGCAA